CGCUUGAAGCUGUUGUUCAGGAGGCCAAGUACAACGAGACAUUAUCGCUGCGAUAAUUCCAGUCUUUGUUCCAUAUCUAGCUCAAGUAACCAGAGAGCAUUUGAUGAUGAUGUUGUAAUGAAAAGAAUCAUGUUAAUACUCGCCAAGCGUCCGUGGAGUCGUGGUUGUCAAAAUGGGUACAAUAUCUAUCGGAAUCAGUUCAAUAUAGUAAAGGUUUUGAACUAUUUGUUUGAGGAGAGUUUGGAUGCUAAUCUUGCUCUCUACUUUUUCAAGUGGUCAGAAUGUUGCAAUGGAUCAAAGCAUAUGGUUCAGGCUGCAUGUCGGAUGGUACAUAUAUUGGUAUCCGGGAACAUAAAUCAUAGAGCAGUGGACUUGGUUCGGCAUCUUGUGAGAAAUCAUACUGAAGAGGAGACAUGUAAUUUGUUACUGGAAGUCCUUUAUGGAACCCAUAGUGAAACAAGGGUCUUAGAAACUGUGUGUAGCAUGCUAGUGGAUCAGUAUAUUAAGGAAGGCAUGGUGAACAUGGCUCUGAAUGUAACAUAUGAAACGAAGGGCCAAAAUAUUUUCCCUUCUGGUGGAGUUUGCAACACUCUGCUACGAGCAUUAUUAGAAUCAAACCAGUUAAAUUUUGCAUGGGAUUUCUUGGAAGUUAUGCAGACAAGAGGACUGGGUUUAAAUUCUACCAUCAUAAGUCUCUUCAUUCAUAAGUUCUGUAGAGAGGGUGAUCUGGGAAGUGGUUUCAAGUUGCUUGUUGAUAUGAAGAAGUAUGGGAUUCAGCCUGAUGUUGUUUAGUAUGCAAUCGUUAUUGAUUCUCUAUGCAGAAUGUCUUAUUUGAAGGAAGCCACUACGUUAUUGUUUAAGAUGACUCAGUUGGGUAUCUCUCCAGAUUCGGUCUUGAUUAGUUCAGUUAUCCAUGGCCACUCUUCUGGACUGUUUCUUGAGAUGUCUGAGUUUGGCUUGCUCCCAGAUUGUGUUUGUUAUUCAACUAUAAUAGGAGGAUACUGCAAAGCAAAAGACAUGAAUAGAGCUUUUCUGUAUUUUGGGAAAAUGUUAAAAAGGGGAAUUACACCAUCUGCUACCACAUACACAUUGGUCAUGGAUGCUUACUGCAAGUCGGGAGAUAUAGAAAUGGCGGAAUAUGUGUUCCAAGCAAUGCUUUCAGAGGGUGUAGUACCUGAUAUUGUCACUUACAACACUUUAAUGGAUGGUUUCGGAAGGAAGGGACAGUUACAAAAGGUUUUUGGGGUUUUAGAUAGGAUAAAUUCUUAUGUUUCCCCUGAUGUUGUUACAUAUAACACUCUCAUUCAUAGUCUUGCCACAAGAGGAUUUGCCGAUGAGGCAAAACAAAUCAUGAUUGAGCUUAUCAUGAGGGGUUUCUCCCUGGAUGUAGCAGCAUUCACUAAUGUUAUAGAUGGGUUUCCAAAGAAGGGGAACUUUGAGGAAGCCUUUUUUGUGUGAUUCUGCAUGAGUGAGCAUGAGGUCAAACCAGAUGUAGUGACAUGCAGUGCUCUUCUCAAUGGAUACUGUAGGAAACACCAAAUGGAACACGCCAAUGUUUUAUUUCGCAAGAUGCUUGAUAUUGGAUUACAUCCAGACCUGAUACUGUAUAACACUAUGAUUCGUGGAUUUUGUAGUGUUGGAAGCAUUGAUGAUGCUUGCAACUUGAUCUGUAUGAUGGUCGAAAACGGUAUCCUUCCCAAUAACAUUACUCACCGGGCACUUGUCCUUGGGUUCGGUAAGAAGGGGGUUAGGAAUCCUGUGUUAGUGGCAGCUCAUAAUUUGCAAGAAAUUUGUUUCAGAUACGGUAUUCGUGCUGAUUUUGAGGAAUAUAUAAAACUAGAAAGCUGCACCCAUUUUGGGGCACCUUAUCCAAAUCAAUCUGUAGAAAAAUUGUUCAGUUGCAAUUCUGCGUAAAUUCGGUCUAUGCAAGUACAGCCUAUAGCACUACGUACAUGAUGCAGCACAAUACAGUAUCUCAACCUCUAUCAUUUUUGGUAGGAACGCAGUACGUAUAUGAUGCAGCACAAAAAUCUAUGCAAGUAGGAAUGUCAGUUCUACUCCUGCAAAAA